AGCCUCCUACUCACCUCGACUCGUCAGUGAGGAAGACUUAGUCCAGGCAGUUCGGUGCGUGUUCGUUGUUUAGUAGUACUCAAAACUGCCAGUGUGGGAGGAUUUGGAAGUCACGGGAUCUGCUCAAUACGAAAAUGUUUCUCCGAGUCUUUCUCCGUUUUAUCGGGAGUCUUUUUACCACUGCAGUGGAUUUCCUUCCUGUGAUGGUGCACCGGCUCCCAGUUUUCAAAAGGUACCUGGGAAAUACGCAUCAGAAAAAAGCCGUCUUUGGGCAGUGUCGGGGUCUGCUGUGUGUUGCACCGCUACUGACCACAGUGGAAGAGGCUCCACGGGGCAUCUCUGCUCGAGUCUGGGGACAUUUUCCUAAGUGGCUUAAUGGCUGUCUGCUUCGGAUUGGACCUGGGAAAUUCGAGUUUGGGAAGGAUAAAUACAAUCAUUGGUUUGAUGGGAUGGCAUUGCUUCACCAGUUCAGGAUGGCAGAGGGCACAGUGACAUACAGGAGCAAGUUUCUACAGAGCGAUACAUAUAAGGCUAAUAGUGCUCAAAACCGAAUUGUAAUCUCGGAAUUUGGCACACUGGCUCUCCCAGAUCCCUGCAAGAAUGUUUUUGAACGUUUCCUGUCCAGGUUUGAGCCGCCAGCCAUGACUGACAACACUAAUGUCAACUAUGUGCAGUACAAGGGUGAUUACUACCUCUCCACUGAGACCAACUUUAUGAAUAAAGUGGAUAUUGAAACUCUGGAAAAAACAGAAAAGGUAGAUUGGAGCAAAUUUAUUGCUGUGAAUGGAGCAACUGCACAUCCUCAUUAUGACCCGGAUGGAACAGCAUACAAUAUGGGGAACUCCUUUGGGCCAUAUGGUUUCUCCUAUAAGGUUAUUCGGGUUCCUCCAGAGAAGGUGGACCUUGGGGAGACAAUCCAUGGAGCCCAGGUGAUAUGUUCUAUUGCUUCUGCAGAAAAGGGGACACCUUCUUACUACCAUAGCUUUGGAAUGACAAGGAACUAUAUAAUCUUCAUUGAACAGCCUCUAAAGAUGAAUCUGUGGGAAAUUGCCACUUCUAAAAUUCGGGGAAAGGCCUUUUCAGAUGGGAUAAGCUGGGAACCCCAGUGUAAUACACAGUUUCAUGUGGUGGAUAAACACACUGGACAGCUUCUUCCAGGGAGAUACUACAGCAAACCUUUUGUUACAUUUCAUCAAAUCAAUGCCUUUGAGGACCAGGGCUGUGUUAUAAUUGAUUUGUGCUGUCAAGAUAAUGGAAGAACCCUAGAUGUUUACCAGUUACAGAAUCUCAGGAAGACUGGGGAAGGGCUUGAUCAGGUCUAUAAUUCAGCAGUCAGAUCUUUCCCGCGAAGGUUUGUUUUGCCUUUAAAUGUCAGUUUGAAUGCCCCUGAGGGAGAAAACCUGAGUCCAUUGUCCUAUACUUCAGCCAGUGCUGUGAAACAGGCUGAUGGAAAGAUCUGGUGCUCUCAUGAAAAUCUACAUCAUGAGGACCUAGACAAGGAAGGAGGCAUUGAAUUUCCUCAGAUCAACUAUGCCCAAUUCAAUGGCAAAAAGUAUCGUUUCUUCUAUGGCUGUGGCUUUCGGCAUUUGUUGGGGGAUUCUCUGAUCAAGGUUGAUGUGGUGAAUAAGACGCUGAAGUACCAGGAAGCAAUGAAGAAGAUGGUGGGGUUAUUCUUUCUGUGGUGAUCACUCCCAACCAGAAUGAAAGCAAUUUUCUCCUAGUUUUGGAUGCCAAGAACUUUGAAGAGCUGGGCCGAGCAGAGGUACCUGUGCAGAUGCCUUAUGGGUUCCAUGGUACAUUCAUACCCAUCUGAUUGGACAACCAGAAGGUCUGGAAACUAGGUUUAAAGUAAGUGUGGACUUGGACAGAAAGACUGGAGAAAUAAACACUGGAGACUCCAAAAGGAGGGCAAGGAGAAAGACGGGCGGGUGUUAAAAAGCUACCUAGUGGGUACUGUGUUCCCUAUUUGGGUGGUGGGGUCCCUAGAAGCCCAAACCACAACAUCACAAAAUAUACCCAUGUAACAAGCCUGUACAUGUACCCAAGAAUCUAAAGUAAAAAUAAAAAGAACAAAGAAUGCACUUUUAUUUAUAUAAAAGACGGAGCAAAAAGGGCACCUUACCUCUCACACCAAUGUCCCAAAUAGACAUUUGGUUUAAAAAUUUCUGUUAAAAAUAGAAUUCGUUAUUUCCUUGCCACUGCCAAGUCAUGCCAUGACAGAGGCUCGAAUGCAUCUGACCUCCUCUUUUACCCUUAACCCACCAUCGUGGGCAAUGGAGGCUGGAGGUGUCAUGGAUGUUAACACUGCUUUACAAGAGAUGCGGAAGACUGCCCUCACCCAUGAUGGCCUAGCAUGUGCAAUUUGUGAAGCUGCCAAAGCCUUAGAUAAGCACCAAGCCCACCUUUGUCUGCUUGCACCCAACUGCAAUGAGCCUAUGUAUGUCAAGUUGGUGGAGGCUCACGGUGCUGAACAUCAACUCACCCUAAUUAAGGCUGAUGACAACAAGAAACCAGGGGAAUGGGUAGGCCUCUGUAAAACUGACAGAGGGAAAACCCCAAAAAGUGGUUGGCUGCAGUUGUGUAGUAUUUAAGGACUAUGGCAAAGAAGCGUAGGCCAAGAGUACUUCAAAUGCAAGAAAUGAACAAGUAAAACUUUGGCACUCAUGUUUCUUAAGAAAAAACACCCCAAAGCAGAAUGCAUAAGAUGAUUAUGAUUUUAUCUAUUUUUUAGGGCUCUUCCUUGAAAUAAGAAAGUAUUGAUAUAACCUUUUGAAGAGAGUUUUAAAUUUCAUUUAUUGGAUAUAUCUACCUCUAGGUAAUAAUAGGAAUAUAGCAAA